CCGGUGGCGGGUCAGGUGGUGCUGUUGCCGGAUGGUGGGCUGGUGGCGGGAGGCGCGUGCGCAGCGUUAGUGUUUGAUUCAGCAGAAAUUAGAACCAGAGCCGCCCCGGUUCCGAUGUUUCGGUUCUGGGUCAGGAAGAGGACCGGAGCCGCUGAGUGAUGGAGCCCCGCUCCCCCCGCGCCGCGGUUCCGCCGCUGUGGAUCCGGUUCGGGUUCGGCCUGCUGGCCGCGGUGCUGCUGGACGGAACCCGCGCAGAUUCGGGGUUCGGCCCGCUGGACGGAGCGCCGCCCUCCCGGAUCGCUAUAGUUGGCGCUGGAAUCGGGGGAACGGCGACGGCGCAUUUCCUGCGGCAGCACUUUGGGCCGGAGGUUCGUAUCGAUGUGUUUGAGAGGCGAGCGGUGGGAGGCCAGCUGGCGACGGUUACAGUCAACCAUCAGGACUACGAGUCCGGAGGAUCCAUCAUUCACUCCCUCAACCUCCACAUGCAGGACUUCGUCAAGCAGCUCGGUCUGAAAUAUCGUAAGAGUGUGGCGGCGAAGACGGCGGUGUUUAACGGGAAGGAGUUCAUCCUGGAGGAGACGGACUGGUACCUGCUGGAUCUCUUCCGGCUGUGGUGGCGUUACGGCAUCAGCUUCAUCCGUCUGCAGAUGUGGGUGGAGGAGAUCAUGGAGAAGUUCAUGAGGAUCUAUAAGUACCAGGCUCACGGUUACGCCUUCAGUUCGGUGGAGGAGUUGCUGCAGUCUCUGGGCGGUUCUGGGUUUCUGAAUAUGACCCGGCGCUCUCUCUCCGAGUCUCUGCUGGAACUGGGCGUGUCUCAGCGCUUCAUCGACGAGGUCAUCGUUCCGAUCAUGCGGGUCAACUACGGCCAGAACAUCAGUAUCCCAGCGUUCGUCGGAGCGGUGUCUCUGGCCGGAGCUCAGUCGAACCUGUGGGCGGUGGAAGGAGGAAAUAAGCUGGUUUGUUCGGGACUCCUGAAACUCGCCAAGGCCAACCUGAUCCGAGCACAGGUCAACACCAUCUCCCUGCAGACAACAGGUGAAUCUCAGCAGUAUGAGCUGAGCUACAGCACUCAGACGGAGAACGUUUCGGAGACGUACGACAUCGUGGUGAUCGCUACGCCUCUCCAGCAGAGCGUCGACGCCGGGAUCUCCUUCAGAGGCUUCGAGCCUCGGCUCCCGGAGAUGCCGGGUUUCUACCACCAGACCGUGGCCUCCAUCGUCCACGGAUACCUGAACUGCAGCUACUUCGGCUUCUCCGACCCCAAGCUGUUCCCGUUCACCAGCGUUCUGACCACCGACGCGCCCGAGCUCUUCUUCAACAGCGUCGCCAGCGCCUGCCCCGUCAACAUCACCGCCGGCUUCCGCCGCAAGCAGCCGCAGGAGGCCGGCGUCUACAAGGUCUUCUCCCCGAAGCCCCUGGAGAAGAACCAGCUGAAGACCCUGUUCAAGUCCUACUACUCGGUGCAGGAGACGGACUGGCAGGCGUACCCGCACUACAGCAGCACCCAGGACCUGCCCGCCGUCGUCCUGCACCACAGCCUGUACUACCUCAACGGCAUCGAGUGGGCCGGCAGCGCCAUGGAGAUGAGCUCCGUCGCCGCCAAGAACAUCGCGCUGCUCGCCUACCACCGCUGGACCAGGCAGCUGGAGAUGAUCGACCAGAAGGACCUCAUGAUCAAGAUCAAGACUGAACUGUGACCGCCCCCCCGUCACCGCCCCCCCGUCACCGCCCCCCCGUCACC